CAAACUUGAAGCCUGAAGGUAGCAAAAAAAGACACGGUUGAGUCUUUGAUAUUCUAUGCCUCCUCCUUUAACACGUUGACAAGACAUCAAGAUAUCUGAUACAUAACAGCCACAUUGGCUAUCAUGAACGCGACUCAGAGCGUCCCGCGAUUCUUGCUCCCUCGCCUGAGCUGGACCAGCCAGCUCUCGACAGCAUCGAGCAUCCCCGGAGCAUCCGUAUCCGUCUUCCAGCAAGCGAGGAGCACAACAAGUGGAGCAGCAGUAUGGCAGCAAUCGUCGAAGAAAUCAAUUCAUACGGCCGGCACGAUGCCCAUGAGGGAUUUGAUGAGAGACAACACCAUCACCCGGCCGAGGAGGAGUCCCACCAGCGUCGCCCGCAACCCAGUGCUCCGGCGCUCAUUCCACGUCUCCGCGCCGCGGAGACGUGACCACCACUUCGACACCCUCCGCUUCGUGCAGCGGCUGCAAGAGGAGGGCUUCACAGAAGAGCAGUCUGUCGCCAUGAUGAAGGUGCUCAACGACGUGAUCGAGGAGAGCAUCCAGAACCUCACGCGCACCAUGGUGCCGCGCGAAGAAGCGGCCAAGACCACGUACACACAGAAAGUGGACUUCGCCAAGCUGCGCAGCGAGCUGCUCUCGGCGGACAGCACCGAGUCGAACGCGACGCGGGCGGCGCACGAGAAGCUGACCAACGACAUCGCCAAGCUGAGCAGCCGGCUGCGCGACGAGAUCGGGCGCACGCAGGCCAGCGUGCGGCUGGACCUGAACCUGGAAAAGGGCCGCAUCCGCGAGGAGGCCGUGUCGCAGGAGCUCAAGAUCAAGGAGACCGAGACCAAGAUCGAGCAGGAGGCGGCCGCGCUCAGACAGCAGCUCGAGCAGGUCAAGUUCCAGACGCUGCAGUGGCUCAUGGGCGUGUGUACCGGCUUUGCCGCGCUGUUGCUCGGUGCUUGGAGGCUGUUGAUGUGAAUGGAACCGCAGGGCCCCCGUAUGUCUUCCAGUGUCUGGGUAGCUUACCUACGGUUUGGGGGGUGGAUUUUGCGUUAGAAACAAGGCAGCUAGCUCAGCGAAGCAUAUUCUCCCUCGGGGGCUGCUUUUUCUCCUCGCCUUUGAUCAAGAUGCAUGGUUACUGUGGAGAAUAUAUAUGUCUGCGGAGCUUGUUCUUCAACACAGCUACCGCUGCGGGCUGUGUCUGGCACAAUACAGGCGAACACAUAAUAUACCGGGGCUUCAAUCACUUGGACAGGUUCGACGAGAGUCACCUGGCAC